UUAAAAUGCACAAUGUGAGUUUCCUUUUUAUUUGGGGACUUACAGAGGACUAGAGCCUGGGACACAGCCUCUCAGAUAGCUCUGAGGAACUGCUCUGAAGAGGUUAGGGGGAGGUCAGCAUACAGUGAUUUUGGAGAAAGAGUCCAUGCAAUUAAGCACACAUUUUGGUAGAAGGUUACUGCUUGUCACAAGGCACAGCUAUCCUAGUCAAUGAUUUUAGUGCUUUUAUAAGUAUGGGAAGAUGCAAGAAAUUGGGUUCAUAAAAUAUCUGAGGGUCUGUUCUGCCUGUUUUCCCAGAGCACAGAAGUCCUCAUCCUGAUCGUCAUCCUGAAUUCCUUUCAGGGUGUACUGUAGGUCAGCAACUGCAGUAGCCAAUAACUUGUAGAACUGGAUAGUGGGCCACAUUCUUUAUUUUACCUGACUAUGCACCAGACCCUAUUUUAAGUGGUUUCACCCUUACGGCACCACGGAGAGGUAGAUACUGUUAUUAAUCUCCGUUUCGUGCAUGAAGAUGCCCAACACAGAGCAGCCACUUUGCUCAAGGUUUCACAGCCAAGACCUGAACCCAAGAAGCUUGACCCCAGAGCUUGAGUUCUUAAGUCCUACCCUCACCCUCAUCUGUUUAUAUCCUAAGGCUCACCUCAAACACUACCCCCUCCAUGAGGCCCACCUGGCCUCCUAGCCCCCCAGCUGGCUCCCACCCAUCCACCCUCGGGCUCCCAUAGCAUCCCAUGCACGCAGCUGGCAUUGCUCUGACCGCACUGAUUGUAAUUACUGGGUUACAUGUCUGUCUUCUCAUCUAAACUGCAGACUCCUUGAGAGCAGAGGCUGUGCCCUUCAUCUUUGUUUCCCCAGCACCUGACAUGUAAGUAGAUGAUCAAUAAAUAUCUGACACAUGGAUGAUGGAAUUGACAGUGGAGUCAUAGAUCAGUCCUCUCCCUUGGCCUCUGUGUCCCAUAGGUGGGUGGUGUCCAAGUUCUGUCACAACUCCAGCUCUGCCCCUUUCUCUCUAGAGAGUUCCUUUCUACUCCAGUCAGGACAAUCACAAUAGCUGCUACCCAGACCUCCCUGCCUCUUUUUUCUCUCCCAAUCAGCCCUGCACGCUGUCCUCCCACUAGCAAGUUAGCCCAAAAUGGACAGCAGCCCCCUCCCUCCAAGCAGUGCUUCUCAGAGCCCUCCCUCCAUUCACUAGCUCAGAAUCACCCGGAGUGCAGUGCUUGUUAAAACUACAGGUUCCUGAGCCCCAGCCCAGCCCCACUGAACCAGAAUCCCUGAGAAUCCAAGUUUUCAGCACAGGUGAGAGUUGCUGGCCUCCAGAGUAAAAGCCUAAACUUAACCUAGUACUCAAGGACCCCAUAAUCUGACCCCCAGCCUCCCUUUCCAUUUUACCCAAGGCAGCCCUAAAGGAUUCCUCCCUCUGCUCCUUCAUUGUCUCUGGAGCCCACACGGGACCUCCCCACUGCCAAGCUUUACGCUGCUUUCCCCUCAUGCUCAGAGCCCACCCCCAACCUCUGGCCCUCCCUGUUUUCUCAGCCUAUCCAAAUCAUGUCCAUCUUCAAGAUGCAGCUCAACUUCCACCUUUUAAGGAAGUGUCCCCUGCCCACAUCCACAGAGACCUCUUCCCGUGCCCUCCUGCAGCGUGGACCGUCUGUGCGGCUCUUUUGCACAGAGCCGUGUCUGUCUGUCGUGGGCCUUCCCUUCCCAGGCAUAUCUUGUUCCUACAAUUUGGUGGUGAGUAACUGGAGGGCAGGAAGCCUGUUCUGGAAGCCUCCUGCUCACCUGCCACCACAUCUGCCUCGUUCCCAGCUGGGUCCAGGGCAGAGCGUUCAGCUUGACUGACAGGUCAGAAGCUCUGCAGGACUAGACACCACAAGCCACACUCAGGAAGCUCGGAGAUGUUCCUUAUCUUCUCGCAAAGCCUUCCCUGACUAAAGAAACCAAGUUACCGCCAAGUGAGAAGAGAAACGGAGUUAGGAUGGAGCGACUGGCAAAAAGGACCACACUCGGAAGACUGAAGCUCAGCUCAUAGCUCUGCUUCUCUGUGACCUCCGAAAGGUGCUAACCUCACUCUGGUUUGCAAACUCCCCCAGCUCUAACAGGGUGAUAAUCAGAUCCUCUCAGAGGAGAGUUGUAGGGCUUCCAGGAAGCAAAAUAUGCAGCAAUCUCUAGAAUUCACACCCUGGUUUAACAAAUGUUCAUUAAGCAUCCAUGACAUGCCCAGCACCGAGGGGUAAACAGAAAUGAAUAUGAGACCUUGGCAACAAACAGUCUGUGGAGAUGAGAAAACUGUUGCGAAACAGUGUGCUAAGAGUUAUGACAGAGGAACGGGCACGCCCUGGGCACGCAGAAAGGAAGGUUCCUCAUGCUGCCUGUGGUCAGGAAGCCUGGAAUGGGAGUCCGGCCAGCUGCAUAGCCAUGCCACAUCCAGAAGGAUGAAUGGAACAAGUACAAUGAAUGGAAGUGUGGAAUUGGCAGUUCUGAGAAGAGGCAGUCCUGGCUUGGCGUGGCUGGAGAGCGGAAUGGACGUAGGACGGCGGGCUGGAGAAGCAGGCUGGAGUUGGACUUAGGAGAACCUUGUAUGCUAAGCCAAGAGUUUAGUCUUUAUCCUGAGGGCAGUGGGAGGCUGCAGAAGAAUUUUAAGCAGAGAAGUGAUGAUGGGAAUCGCAGUUUAGAGGGCUCUCUGUGUUGACAACAGGAAAGGCAGGGGGCAGCCGGGCAGAGUGGGAUGUGGGGAUGCCCGGUGGGAGUCAGCAAGGAGGAUGUGGGCUUGUGCGGGGGGUGCUUGCCAUCUGCAUUGGCCAACCAUAGGCAUUUGAAAGAGGCUGACUUACAAGAAUCAGCUCCUGAAAGAGCCCAGCCAGACCCGAGGCCAACUUCCACUUUCCUCUGGAUAUUUUCACUUUCAGGGCGUCCUGUUCUGAGUCAACAUUCCUCCUUCUAAACAUGGGACUUUCCAGAAGGACCACAGCUCCUUCCAUGCAUCCGCUUGACCUGGGAUGUUCUGGAUUUGGCUGUCGAGCGACUUUGCCUGCCUCUCCGAAGUAUGGCCGUGUGGUACCUGUGGAGUCUCCUUCUCUGGGAAGCACUACUUCCCUUCGUUGUCACCGGUGCCCAAGUUCAGGGCCAGGUGGGGGGUUCGGCGCUGCUGGUGGCAGAGCGCCCUCCCGGCUUCCAAAUCCGAGAGGCCAUCUGGAGAUCCCUCUGGCCUUCAGAGGAGCUCCUGGCCACGUUUUUCCGGGGGUCUCUGGAGACGCUGUACCACUCCCGCUUCCUGGGCCGAGCCCAGCUGCACAGCAACCUCAGCUUGGAGCUGCGGCCGCUGGAGUCUGGAGACAGCGGCAACUUCUCCGUGCUGCUGGUGGACAAGGAAGGUCGAGCCUGGACCCAGACCCUGCAGCUCAAGGUGUAUGAUGCAGUGCCCAGGCCCGAGGUACAAGUGUUCAUUGCUGUAUCAGGGGAUGCUCAGCUCCCCAAGACCUGCCAAGUGUUCCUGUCCUGUUGGGCUCCCAACAUCAGCGACAUAACCUAUAGCUGGCGACGGGAGGGAACCAUCGACCUUGAUAUCAAGCCAGGUGGCCUCUUCGUGGACGGACAGGUGCUGAGUGUGUCACUGGGACCAGGUGACAAAGGUGUGGCCUAUUCCUGCAUUGUCUCAAACCCUGUCAGCUGGGACUUGGCCACAGUCACCCCCUGGGAGAGCUGCCAUCGCCAGGCAGCUCCAGGGAUGGCCUCCUACAAAGAUGUGCUACUGGUGGUGGUGCCUGUCUUGCUGUUCCUGAUCCUGGCUGGUCUCUCUGCCUGGCACUGGGGCCCCUGCUCAGGGAAAAAGAAGAAAGAUGUCUGUGCUGAUGAAGUGGCUCCAGAGACAGAGAACCCCCUCGUGUAGGGUCUGCCAUGAGCAAUGCCUGGAUCGUGAGGAAACCCACCGCCUAGCCACAUGAUGCUCUGGGAUGUAGCUGGUACCUGGAAACCACCAUGGGCCUCGUACCUCCUGUGAUACUCCUGUACCACCUCUCAGGAACAGCCUGGGCAGCCGUCACACUGGGAGGGCAGGAAGCACUGACACAACCUUCCACACCUUCCCCCUUCCCUCUCCCCUGGUUGCAUGUCCUGGCUCUGCUCUGGGCAGCAUGGGCCCAGCAGGACAUCCCCUCAAGGACACUGGAAGUUCUCCAGGAUCCAUAGAUUGAUUGUCCAGGGCACUCACUCCUCCACCACUGUUCAUCAAGUAUUGUUAUGGAUGGAAUUUGUCCCCUUUAAAUUCACAUGUUGAAAUCCUAACCCCCAGUAUCUCAGGAUAUGACUGUGU